UAUUAAAGACUUCUGUGAGCCACUCGCCAAUAAUCCAGUUUAGCGCACGCGACCUGCGACUGUGGGCCGCAGGGCUUUCGUCACUCGUCAGCUUGAAGAAGCUCUCUACCCACUUUUUCUUUUGCCCCGACUUCUUACCUUUUCGAACUCCGUCCUCGAAAAUGAGCGACGAAAGUGGGACUGCUGAAAUUGGCAAUCGGUCUGUUCCUCGGCUGAACGAAAGAAUUCUGUCAUCUAUGUCGAGGAGAUCAGUAGCUGCACAUCCUUGGCAUGACCUCGAAAUAGGUCCCGGAGCUCCUACUGUUUUCAAUGUUGUUGUGGAGAUAACAAAAGGAAGCAAAGUGAAAUAUGAACUCGACAAGAAAACCGGGUUAAUAAAGGUUGAUCGGGUCUUGUACUCAUCAGUCGUCUAUCCUCAUAAUUAUGGUUUCAUACCUCGGACGCUUUGUGAAGAUAGCGAUCCGAUGGAUGUUCUGGUCCUGAUGCAGGAACCAGUCAUUUCUGGUUGUUUUCUUCGAGCCAGAGCCAUCGGACUUAUGCCCUUGAUUGAUCAGGGGGAGAGAGAUGAUAAAAUCAUUGCAGUGUGUGCUGAUGAUCCUGAAUACCGUCAUUACAAUGAUCUUAAGGAGCUUUCUCCUCAUCGCCUCGCAGAGAUUCGGCGCUUCUUUGAAGAUUAUAAAAAGAAUGAGAACAAAGAGGUGGCAGUCAAUGACUUCUUGCCGGCAGAAGCUGCCUUUCAGGCCAUCCAGUACUCCAUGGAUCUUUAUGCCCAGUAUGUCUUGGAGACAUUGAGGCGUUAAUUUAAAUUCGCAAUCCGAUGCUGAUUCCGGAUACAUGACGAUGAAUAAGCAUGAAAUUACGUGACGAUGAAUAAGCAUGAAAUUAAGCUAUGACUUGUUUGCUUGAUUUUCCAAACUUAUGCGAAACGGAUGUAUAACUUGUGCCAUGUUUAGCUUGAUUAUUAAACUGGUGGGUGAUGGAAAAAUAAUAACCCCCUACAAAUAUAUUAUUAACUUAUACAAUCUGUUCUCAUGAA